AUGACAACAAGCAAUCUUCUUCCUAAUCAGGAUCCAACUAGCAUCUAUUACAUUUAUCCUUCGGAUGCAGAUGUUGUUCAACUUGUAUCCUACAAGUUCAAUGCAAAGUACAAGUUAGGGUUUGUCAAUGGAGCUAUCUCCAAGCCUACUGCUCGAACUGUUGAAGGUAAGGCUUGGGAGAGGUGCAAUGAUCUGACUGAUCUUGAGGAGAGAUUUGGUUUUGCUUCCAUGGCACAAAUCUACUCACUAGAACAUAAGCUUGUUGAUAUUAGUCAAGGUGAUAAGUCUAUUUCUGAGUUUUUCGUUGAUAUUAAGUCAAUUUGGGAUGCAAUUGAGGAAGCUCAUCCUCUACCUUACUGCACUUGCAACUUGACUAAGAAGAUUUAUCAGCCCCAACAAGAAAAAAUGGUGUUACAGUUCAUGAUGAAGCUUAAUGAACAGUAUGCAAUUAUCAGAGGAAAUAUACUGAUGAUGCAGACUUUACCAAAGGUAACAGAAGCAUUUCGAUUAUUUGCCCAAGAAGAAAGGCAUAAAGAAAUUUCUCAGGCUGCUGAACACAAUGAGUCAUUGGCUUUUGCUGCUGAAAAGAGGAAAUUUAAUUCUGAUUUUGGUCGAAAUAAGUCUUACAGACCUCAUAAUCAGGGUCAACAAAGAGUGUUUCACACUAAUUCUUACUUAGGAAAUGCUGGAGAAAAUGGUUCUAAUUCAGGAAAUACUUACAGGAAAUCAGGCUUUAAACCUGGUGCUAAUUACUUCUGCACUCAUUGUCAGAUUCCAGGGCACAGUGUUGACAGAUGCUUUGAGCUUAAAGGUUCUCCUCCUGGUUCAAAGGUUUCAAAGGAAAUCGUGUUGCAACUGUUUCUGAUUACUCUGGCAAUGAUGGUUCUAACUCAACUAGACCUAUUUCAGUUGAGCAAUAUCAGCAGUUCAUGGAAUAGUGGUGCUUCAUAUCACUUUUGUUAUGAUUUGUCUCAGUUUUCUGAGUUUCAUCUAGACCUUAGUUGUGAACUGCAUUUUACUCAUGAAAAAUGCUUUGUUUAUUCUCAGAAAGGGACAUUGAUUCCUCUAGGUAGUGUGAAGUUUGGAUUAUGUAAUGUGAGAGAACAGUUACAAUCAAGUUCAAGAGAGUCACAUGCUCAUGUUUGCAAUUCACGUUGCCUGUCUGCUGUUGAUGAUGCAGAACUUUGGCAUUUGAGACUAGGUCAUCUUCCUUUUAGUCAAAUAAAAUCCAUUGUUCUAAAUUGUAAUGUGUCUAUUUGUUUACAGAACACAAUUUGUCAAGUCUGUCCCCUUGCAAAACAGACUAGAUUAGCUUUUCAUACUAGCAGUAUUCAGACUAGUUCUGUCUUUGAGUUGUUGCACAUUGAUGUAUGGGGUCCUCAUUCUGUUAAGACUCCUACUGGCUGUAAUCAGUUUCUAACUAUAGUUGAUGACUAUAGUAGAUUUACUUGGAUUCAUAUGUUAAAGAAUAAAAGUGAUUCUGUUUUGGUAAUGAAAAUUUUUAUGAAAAUGGUGCAUAAUCAAUUUGGUGUUACUGUGAAGUGUGUAAGGUCUGAUAAUGCUAGGGAACUUUGUGAUGGUGAUAUGAAGAAGAUGUUUCUUGAAAAUGGGAUUUUAAAUCAGACUAGUUGCAGUGAUACUCCACAGCAAAAUGGAGUGGUUGAGAGGAAACACAAACAUCUCUUAGAAACAGCUAGAAGUCUUUAUAUUCAAUCUAGAUCACAUUCCUCAAACUAUUCAAAUGCCAUUUAUCUUCCUGUUACCUUACCUGUUUCUACUCAUUUUGAUUUCUCUGAUCUUUCCUAUUUUCCUUCACAUGAUACUACUCCUCCUUCUCCUGAUUCUCAUUUUCAACUAGAUUAUUUUUCUUCUUUUUCUACUCCUUCUCCACCUUCUCAUUCUCCUUCAAUCUCCUCCACUCACAGUAAUACACCCAAUCAUACUAUUCCUCCAAUUAUACCUGUUCCUUUUUCCAAUCCUGAUGCUCUUAUCGAUUUGAGUAUAGACUCCACUGAACAGCUUAGAAAGUCUUCUAGACCACAUAAACCUCCAACCUACCUUGACAAAUAUCUUUGUUAUCAUGUAGAUUCUUCUCAUGUUCACACUAAUUGUGAGAAACAUUGGUGCAAUUUUGUGUCUUACACUGGUUUCCCAACUGCUUUCAAGGCUUUUCUGUCUGCUUCUUGUGAUAUUAAGGAACCUCUGAGCUAUAAUAAGGCUUCUUUGGAUCCACUUUGGGUGAAAUUGAAAUAUGAUGGUACUCUUGAAAGAUGUAAAGCACGAGUGGUAGCAAAAGGGUUCACUCAGAAAUAUGGGAUUGAUUAUGAAGAAACUUUUAGCCUAGUUGUGAAAAUGAUUACUAUAAGAUGCUUGAUUGUUGUUGCUGCAAGCAAAGGAUGGCCCUUAUUUCAAUUGGAUGUAAACAAUGCUUUUUUACAUGGAAAUUUGAAAGAAGUGGUGUAUAUGAGAGUGCCUGAGGGUGUAUCUAAUCCAGAGAAGAAGGUGUGCAGACUUGUUAAGUCUAUCUAUGGUUUAAAGCAGGCUUCAAGGCAAUGGCAUGAGAAGCUGAUGAGUGCUUUGGAAUCCCAGGGGUUCAGGCAGUGUAAACAUGAUUACAGUUUGUUUAUACACAAACAUGAUCAACAUAUUAACAUAGCAACAAUUUAUGUUGAUGAUGUGAUCCUUACAGGGACUAAUGUUUCUAAAUUGGAAGCUCUGAAGGUGCACAAAAAGUUCAGCAUUAAGGAUCUUGGCAAGUUAAGCUAUUUUCUUGGCAUUAAGGUGGGGUAUACAGAUGCUGGUAUUAUUCUUAGCCACAAGAAGUUCACAAAGGAACUUUUAAGUGACUGUGGUUUUGAUGUUAGUAAGAAAGCAGUCACACCCUUGCCUUUAAAUGUGAAUUUUUCAGCAUUAGAUGGCCUGGUGUUCCUUACUCCAAAAAAUACAGAUCUUUAG